AUGUCAAAUCUUGCAAAGCUUGAAUUUGCGGCCCUUGAUAUUUCGGGGGAGAAUUAUUUAUCAUGGAUUUUAGAUGCUGAGAUUCAUCUAGAUGCAAUGGGUCUGGGUGAUGCUAUUAAAGAAGGAAAUAAAGCAUCUGAACAAGAUAAAGCUAAAGCUAUGAUUUUCCUUCGUCGCCAUCUUCAUGAAGGGUUGAAAAUUGAAUACCUUACUAUAAAAGACCCUUCUGUAUUAUGGAAAAAUUUAAAAGAAAGAUAUGACCACCAAAAGACCGUGAUUUUGCCAAAAGCUCGUUAUGAUUGGAUGCAUUUACGGUUGCAAGAUUUUAAAACUGUAAGUGAAUAUAAUUCUGCAAUGUUUAGAAUUACUUCUCAAUUGACUCUAUGUGGAGAAAGAAUUACUGAUGAAGAUAUGUUGGAAAAAACAUUCUCAACUUUUCAUGCAACUAAUUUGCUUUUGCAACAACAGUAUCGUGAAAAAGGACACAUCAAACCAGAUUGCCCUGUACUCAAGAUGAAACAAAAAUUGGAAGAGACAAGUGAGGCAAACAAGCAUAAGAAGAAAAGGAAAGCUUACAACAGUGACUCUAGCUCAUCCAGUGAAUCUGACGGAAGCAUUGAGGAAGAAACCAACCUUGUCUCAUGGCUGGAACAGGCUCUUCCAAGAGCAGUGUGA